AUGUGUUAUGGUUGGUUCAUCACUGGCUUCAUAUGGGCUAUGGCACUGUUUACAGUUCCGGAAUGGAAGAGUUGUCAUGGCUGCUGGGAACAAGAAAGAAUCAGUCUCCUCCAUCUCAAGUCGUCCCUUAACAAUCCGCCUUAUCUAAGCAGUUGGAUCGGAAUUGGAACAAAGAACAGUUCCGACGAGGACUGUUGCCUCUGGGAUGGAGUUGAUUGCAAUCCCGCCACAGGGAAAAUGACUAAGCUCGAUCUUGGCUCCCUCGACGAGUCUGAUUUCAAUUCACUAGCGAAGCCGGAUAUCAAUGCUUCUCUGUUUCUGCCUUUCCAGGAAUUGACUCUGCUUUAUCUACGAGGCUAUCAUAUUCCUGGUUGCAUCGAGAAUCAAGGAUGGACGCAUUUGGAAAGUCUGAACAUAGAUGAUUGUUCCAUUUCGUGCAACAACUUCCUUGAAACAGUUGCCACCGUCAUGACCAAUCUUACUCGAUUGGGGAUUUCACUUUCGGAUCUUAGCUCCCCCAUUCCUCCAGCUUUAUGCACCUUAAAGCAUCUCCGAGUACUCGUCCUCAUGGAUAAUCAUCUGAGAGGACUUCUGCCACCGGGUUUCAUUUCUCCAUUGAUGAAUGAAGUUUAUCUGUCCAGAAAUCAACUGGAAGGAACCUUGCCCGCCACAUUAUCAAAUGAUCAAGAUGGGAUAUCUGGUUCUGAUAAUUAUACAGACUACUCAGUAGGUGUCUUGGAUCUGAGUCACAAUCAUUUGAUGGGUACAAUCCCAAAUUGGAUUGGUAGAUUGCCUCAACUGAGUUAUAUCUUAUUGAAUGACAACCAGUUUCAUGGAGAGCUUCCGUGUACAUUUUGCUUAGAAACCUCAAAAUUGAUUGAUGUUUCUCACAAUCAUUUGUCUGGUCAUAUCGACUAUGAAAUAUUUACAUCAAGCGACACCAACUGCAAUGGACGGAAUGCAUAUGAUGGUCCUCGGCGUGAUCUGGAGUUCGUCACAAAGACAAAAACAUAUAUUUACCAUGGGUGGCCUCUCUUAUAUAUGAAUGGUUUUGAUUUCUCUACCAACAAUUUCACUGGCAAGAUCCCUCCUCAAAUCGGCCAUUUGGGUGACACCAAAGUCCUUAAUUUUUCAUACAACAUGUUCACGGGACCCAUCCCGCCGACUAUUGCAAACCUAUCACAGAUUGAGAGCUUGGAUCUUUCUCACAAUAAUUUGAGUGGAAUGAUUCCUUCUCAACUUACAGAGUUGCACUCUCUAUCCAGUUUUAGUGUGGCUUACAACAACUUAUCUGGUAAGUGUCCUCAAAAGAUUGCACAAUUCAAUACAUUUGAUGAAGAUAUCUACCGAGGAAAUCCACUUCUUGACUGCACAUUACCACUCAUGACACCAAAUCCAUUGGUAAGGCGGACAACAUAUGGUGAUGAUGAAGAAGGAGAAGGAGGGUUCAUUGACAUGGAGAGUUUCUACAUUAGUGGCUCGAUAUCUUAUGUCUUGGUGUUGCUGGUAAUAGUGAGUGUUUUGUGUAUAAAUCCAUACUGGCGAUGGGUAUGGUUUUAUUGCGUUGAUGUCACCAUAACUACUUGCUAUUAUUUUAUGGUGGACCAUCUUCCAGUGCCAACCAGGUACAAGGUGUGGCAACCUCGUGUGUAG